GGGAACUCAGACGCCAUAUUGCUUCUCUUGUUUAUCUUGUCCGUUAUAACGCAGAGGGGAAGGGAAAUCCUCUAUUUUCUUCCUUUAUGGUUUAUUUUUUCGUCCCACCUAAAGCACAGUAGAAAUGGACCGUGAAUAUGAGCGCCGUUUAUUGCGUCAACAGAAUGGCCCUGUUAACUCUCCUGUUUCUCCCCUUUCCCCUCGCCGACAGUUAACUUUCAAUUCGGUCCAGUCGCCUAGCAAAGACCGCACAGGUGACAGAUUCAUCCCCACAAGAGCAGGGGCAAACUGGGACGUUAAUUUUGCCCUUAUUCAGGAAAACAACAAAGCCAAUAACGAAGUUCGCAAGGGUCGUGAAGGUGGAGAGGGCAAGGAUGGUGUUGCGUACACAACUCUUCUACGCAAUGAACUUCUGGGCACAAAUAUUGAAGAUUUAAGAGAUGCACCGGAUGAAAGACGGGCAUUGUCGCCAGUACAAAAUCCUAAUUUAUAUCAUUUUUCCCCGCGCAAGAAUCAUCAGAGAGAAGAUGCCCUUUCCCCAUACUCAUUGUCGCCUGUGAGUGCUAAGAGCCAAAAAUUAUUACGGUCACCUAGAAAAGCCGCAAGAAAAAUAUCAAAGAUACCCUUUAAAGUCUUAGAUGCGCCAGAGUUGCAAGACGACUUUUACCUCAAUCUUGUGGACUGGAGUUCCCAAAACGUGUUGUCUGUAGGUCUCGGUCACUGUGUCUAUCUCUGGUCAGCUUACACCUCCCAGGUCACAAGACUUUGUGAUCUCUCCCCGGAUGGAGACACCGUCACGUCAGUGUCUUGGUCGGAAAGAGGGAGUCAGGUCGCUGUUGGUACACACAGAGGUCUGGUCCAGGUGUGGGACGUAGCCAGUAGUAAAAGAGUGUGUGUGUUGAAUGGUCACACAGCCCGUGUUGGAGCCCUGGCGUGGAAUGGUGACGUCCUGUCCUCAGGCUCACGCGACAGACUUAUUCUCCAGAGGGACGUGCGCACCCCAUGCAUUAUCCCAGAUAGAAGAUUAGCUGGACACAGACAGGAGGUAUGUGGAUUAAAGUGGUCUCCAGACAGCCAAUACUUAGCCUCUGGUGGAAAUGACAACAAGUUAUAUGUUUGGAACUUGCAUUCCCUCACUCCUGUCCAGACGUACACAGAGCAUAAUGCUGCGGUGAAAGCUAUUGCCUGGUCACCACACCAUCAUGGGUUGCUUGCCAGUGGAGGAGGAACAGCAGAUCGUUGCAUUAGGUUCUGGAACACCUUAACAGGCCAGCCAAUGCAGAGUGUCGAUACAGGCUCUCAAGUGUGCAAUCUUGCUUGGUCUAAACAUGCUUCUGAACUUGUAUCAACACACGGUUACAGCCAAAACCAGAUCCUUGUGUGGCGGUAUCCCUCCUUAGCACAGGUGGCCAAACUCACAGGCCACACUUACAGAGUGUUGUACCUGGCCAUGUCACCUGAUGGGGAGGCCAUCGUCACAGGGGCAGGUGAUGAGACCUUGCGUUUUUGGAAUGUCUUCAGCAAGGCAAGAUCUCAAAAGGAAUCGAAAUCUGCCCUGAAUCUCUUCACAUCAUUACGAUAAAGGAAAAUAAAGGGCAGAGAGUGUGGUGUGAGUGUGGUGUGGUUUGUAAAUAGGAUUUGGCAAUUGUGUAUGUUUUGUAUGGGCGUCUACAAUUUUUUCUUCCUUUUUUUUUUAAUAUAUAUAUAUAUAUGUAUAUUUAUCAUAUGUAGUAUAAUGUAUAUACUUUAUGCAUAUAAAUUGUCAUCUGCUUGUCACUUAACAUUUAUUUUCUAUUCCUCCGUAAGUGAAUGCUAUUUUUCCCUCUUUUUUUCAAGUAUAACCGUUUUGUUUGCCAAUCAUAAUAUAUGGCAUAAAUCAACAUAUAGAAUUUCAUUUCCAUUAUUUUGAUACUUCCAUUAUUUGAUUUAUAUUUGUAUUCUUUUUUUUUUUUUUUUAAUGUUUUAUUAUAAUUUUUUUUUCCUUUUUUUUUUUUUUUUUUUCAUUAUCACUCUCUCUCUGUGUCGUUCAUUUCAUUGCUCUUGUUUCUUCUUUGGGUUUGAAAGCACUUAUUUACAAUGACUGAUGGUAGAGGGUAUUGUUUUUUUGUUUUUUGUUUUUUGUGGUUAAUCAAGGUUCCAGCAACAGGCAUCAGAGAGUAAUUCCCAUCAUGUUUUCAUGUUUUUGAUGUUUAACGUAUGCAUUUUUCUUCAUCUCCUCAGCCUUUUUUCUUCUUCUUCGUCUUCAUCUUCGUCUUCUUUCUUUCUCUCUUUCUUGUUGUUAUUUUUUUUAUAUAAUCCUUUCACUCUUUUGUGGUUGACUUUAUUCCCCAAUUUCUCUGCUGGAGGAUUCAACACUUGUCUGUGGUCAGAAGACACUGAAGAGCAGCUUUAGAAAGUUUCAAGUACCAUGAGUAUUGUAAAUUGCAUGCUGACUUUGGCCUUGUCAAGCCGAAAGGAAAGAGGUCUCUCUGCCUUCUAUUGAGCCGGUCGCUUGAGACGGGCCGAUACUGAUGUAAAUCUUCGCACAGGCGAUAUGUUCUGGUGAUCAUGAGUGGCAAUAAGUAAUUUAAUAUUUGAUUGCGUAGGGAUGAGAUUUGUCAUGGCCUAUUUUCCUCCCCCCCCCCCCCCUUUGAAACUUUUUGUUGCUGUUCUUUAUCGGAAGGACUCUUUAGUUGUUUGGGCAAAGUCUGGGCGAAAAGUAGGCUAUGUGACAGCGAUUGGUAUUCAAGUAUUAUAAAAUAUUGAUAAGUAAAAUUUUUUUUUUUUUUUUUUUUUUUUUUUUUUUUUUUUUUUUUGCUAAGAAUCUGGAGCUGCCAGAGGAUCUCAUCUGCUUCAAAAGACCUUGAUAUAUGUUUUUUUGUUUUUUUUCCGUCCUUUCUUCAUUUCGCUUUCUUAGGGGCCAAUGCUGUUAAUAUUCUUUAAGGAAUUAUAGUUCUGUGGGAAUGGAAUGGAUGUACUGACUGUUUAACUUCAAAAAGCUACCCAACGCUGUUAUCAGUGUUAAGCUAUGAUUUAUUUAUUAUACGAGCCAAAAUUUAUCUGUGCAUAAGUCAUAUAAAUGAAAUUUUAAAAUGUGUGCACUUUAUAUUGUAGUGAAAUUAAUGUAUUAACCUUAUGGCAACUUGUAAGUUACUGUAUUCUACUUAAAGCAUUUUAAAAAUGUGUUGCUUUACAGAAUAUAUAUAUACACACAAGGUUGUUUACACCAAUAAUGAGUGUAAUUCUAUGUGUCCAUGCAAAUGUCUUGUUGAACCUCCAUCGUAAUGAGUUUCUCCCAUUCGGUACCUGUCCGUGUGACAUACACAGCAUUCAAGUGGCUUCAAGAUCUUCCGCAUCUCAUUAUGUGUACUAUGGUAGUCGUGAGAUUUUGUCAGCAAUAUAAUUAUUAUUUUCUUAAUUUUUUUUUUUUUUUAUAUUUCUAUUUUUGGUGUUUAUUCUUGUUUUUUUUUUUUAAUUGUUAUUUUUUGUUUGUGUUUGUUUGUUUUUCAUAGUCCCAUAGAUCAUGAAUAUAUUUGGCUUUUUCAAACUUUAUAUAUUAUUUAAAUCUAAAAAAAAAAAUCACAUUUUUACUGGUUCAGUGUACCUUUAGUCAAAAAAUCUUGAAUAUAAUGAUAUUUA